AUGGUGACGAUCUGUACCUACAAUGCACGUACACUUGCAUCCGAGUACUCGAUAGAAGACUUGCUUAUGCUAGCAAGAAGGAUAAGGUACGACGUCAUCGGCCUGGCCGAGACGCAACGACGCCACUUAUUCAACGCCGUCUAUGACACCGGAGAAGAACUGUUCCUAGGAACAUGCGACAGUAGAGGAGUCGGCGGCGUCGGCGUUCUCGUCACCACGAGUUUGUCCAUGAACAACUAUUCAUUCACAGAACUAACAACCCGAAUCGGACGUUUACGGUUACAGAGGCGUGGAUCAAUACCGGCUUUGACAAAAUUCGUCGCUUACUCGCCGACGUCAAACUAUGACGAAGAAGAAGUCGAAGCGCUCUAUAUGGACUUGGAGGAGUUCUGCAGAGAAGACCAUACAUUCUUCAAGGUCAUCAUUGGAGAUUGCAACGCCAAGAUUAGACCAAGAAGAACGUCUGAAGAACGUCCGAAGAACGCCACAUUGGGACCCACAGAUUAG